UUUAAUCUUUCUUAUUUUUUUUAAUGAAAAUGAAUGUUAUUAUGAGAGUAAAAAAAUUGUUAUAUUCAAGAUCCCAUAUCUUUAUUAUACUUUGGGGCUUUGUCAUGCAUAUUAUUCUAUUAUAUGGAGUACUUGAUGCAAAUUUUCAUUCGCCAAUAAUAUCAGAAUUACCCUCAGUUCCGAUGCCAAAGGGUCCCCCAGCUAAAAGAGUAUUGAUUUUUGUUGCUGAUGGUCUUCGAUUUAGAACUUUCAAAAAUCACAUACCUCCGUAUUUAAAUUCUGUUAUUGAACAUCAAGGUGUGUGGGGUAUAUCUCAUACUCGGAUGCCUACAGAGUCAAGGCCUGGUAAUAUUGCAAUUGUUGCUGGAUUGUAUGAAGAUCCAAGUGCAGUAUUCAAAGGGUGGAAAGAAAACCCUGUUGAUUUUGAUUCAGUUUUUAAUCAAAGUUACGCAUCAUGGCUUUGGGGAAGUCCUGAUAUUAUUUCACUUUUUACAAAAGGUUCUCAAAAUAAUAUACAUGGGGCUAGUUAUCCUGCAAGUUGGCAGGAUUUUAACAAUAAUUUCGAUUCUUUCAAAAGACUGGAUGAUUGGGUAUUUAAUGAAUACUGGAAGUGGUUGACGAAUGAAGCUUAUAAUUAUAAGGCUCAAGAUAAGAUUAUACUAUUUUUCCAUUUGCUUGGCUGUGAUACAACUGGUCAUUCUGCAAAACCACAAUCCAAAGAUUAUGUGGAAAUAAUGAUGGCCUUAGAUCGUAACAUAAAGAAUGUAGUUCAAGAAACAGAAGAGUACUUUGGAUAUGGCACCACGUCAUAUAUAUUUACAUCAGAUCAUGGAAUGACAGACUGGGGUUCUCAUGGUAGUGGUUCAACAGAUGAGACUGAAACUCCCUUUGUUGCCUGGGGUGCUGGUAUUAAAAAAAAAGCUCAGUUCUAUAAUAUUGAGCAGGCUGAUAUUACUCCACUUAUUUCAACUCUUGUUGGAAUACCAUAUCCUCGUAAUAAUGAAGGAAUAUUACCUAUUGAGAUAUUAGAUGAUAAUUAUCAGAAAUAUAUAGCCAAUGCAUUUUUUACAAAUGCAAAACAACUUGCAGAACAGGUUAAAGCUAAUAGAGAAUUAAUGGUUGGAAGAAGCUUGGCAAAUAUUUAUAAUAAAGAUAAAGAACUCAGUCAAAAACUCUUUACUACUGAACAAUUUUUACAAGAAGGAAAAAUAGUUCAAGCUAUAAAGGAUACAAAUUUGAGCACAAAAUUAGCUAAACAAGCACUUACCUAUUACCGCAAUUAUCUAUCACAACGAUUUUUAUGUUGUAUGUUAAUUAUGUGGAUUAGUUGGAUCAUUAUUUUAUUUUUAGAUUUAUCCAGCGUUCCAAAAGAAUUUAUUGAACCCAUAUGGAAUUAUGUAAUUAUUAUAGGUUUAAUAGGGAUAACAGUUCCAUUAGUUUUAGAAUAUGCUGUUGCAGGUUGUAAAGAUGGGAGAUUAUUGGGAUAUGGUCUUAUAUGCAACUUUUCAGUAUGGAUUGCAAUCAAAAAAAUUAUAAGUAAUGAAAUAUCUUUUGAUAUGACUUCUAAAAAACCCUUAAGGGAAUUUGUUAGCAUCCUAGGUAUAACUAUUAUGAUGAUAGUUGGACUAUAUUAUAGAUGGACAUUUAGUAUUAGUAUGAUAAUAGUAGUUUUUCUACUAAGAACAAUUUUUGAAAAAAGUACAAAUCACCGUUUAACAAUAACUGGAGUGGCACUUUCAGUUUUUCCUUUAUUCCCAGUUGUCGGACCAGUUCCAAGAGUAUAUUUAGUAUUAGUCGCAAUAUUUAUUGGGAUGGUAGUUGUUAUGAAACAAAAAAGAUUAAACAAAUGCAUUAAAGUAAUUGAAAUCAUACGCUUAUGUUUGACAUCUGUGCUGACAUUAAAUAUUAUUGAUGGAAAAUCAUGUUUGUCCUGGUUUUUACUAUUUACGACACCAUUAGUGAUCUGUCUUCAUCCAAGAGAAUGGGAUAGAAGAAUUAUUGGAAUAACCAUGGCUUUACUGAGCCCUUUAGCUCUCCUAUCUGCAUCUCAUGAACCAAUGUUUUUUUUAAUUUUAUCAGCCCACUUACAGCAGUGGCCAAUUCAUGUUAAUGCAGAAAGAUGCUCAUCAAAUUCGAAGAGAAUGAAUUUAAGUAAUUUUAGUGUCGCAUCGAUUCUGAUGAUGUACACAUUAAUUUGUUUUUUUGGAACCGGAAAUAUGGCCAGUUUAAGUUCAUUUGACCCAACUUGGACAAGGCAUUUUUUAACAAUUUUUUCGCCAUUUACUAUGACUACUCUGAUUUUAAUAAAAAUAAUGAUUCCGCUAAUCCUAGUUGGAUGUCUGAUUCAAGCUAUGGCUCGAGAAACAACAAUUUUUUCAUCUGUUCUUCUUCUUGGCGACUUCCUAGCUAUACCACUGAUGUUUGGAAUCACUAAUCAAGGAAGUUGGCUAGACAUAGGUAGUAGCAUCAGCAGAUUUGUUAUUGCGAUUUCACUGCCAUGUCUAUUAGUGAUUGUGUACUAUUUAAGCAAACCAUUAACAGCAUUCUCUCUUAUAAACUGUGGUAGGCAUUACAGUAUAAGCAAUCAGAGAUUAAAAAUAUAACGAAAUGAAUGUUUAUGAAUUCUAUGAGAACAAGUUAAAAAGAAUGUUGAUUAAGCAGAGACAAUUGUGUAUAUCUGUAAAACUUAGAAUAUUUUAGAAGUGAAAUUAAUAUAUUUCAAGUCAAUGAAUGCAAAGCAA